AUGAUUGAUUCUGGUGAGACAUCUCCAAAUUUCACACAUAUAACCUAAUAUCACUUUCAGAUGAUUUGGUAACAGCUGUCGAACCAACAAGAGUUAUCGAAUAUCAACGAGCUCUUCAAAUUCGCAUAAAACAGCGCUAUAAUUGUCCGGAAAUUCCGAUUUUGACACUUCGCGCGCCAUUUGUCGGAUUUUCAGCAUAUGUGCGAUUUCAGAGUCGCGCCCGGAUUCAUACGGUUGAGAUUUUGGAUAAGCGAGGUGAUUUAUUUAAUUUGCAGACAUUUUUUUUGUCCUGGGACUUUUUUUGAUGUAGCUUAAAAUUUAUAAAAUCCAUAGGCGGAGUCUGAAAGUCUGUGCCUAAUCCGGUCCGGGUUAUCCAAACGACCUUUCUUUUAAACAUAUAUUCAAUUUUCCAGAUAUCGAUCGACUUCUCAAUGCAACACCGGUUUGA